AUGCGGGUUCAUGAACAGCUGGUUGUGGGCACCUGGGGACGGGAGAUGCGGCAAGCACCAAGGACCCUGCUGGGCCGUCGCACCACGCACGUGGUGCAGCCCUUUCUGUCCAAGACCUGGGGCUACCGUGAGUCAGAUCUGAGCGCCAAGGAGCUCAACCUCAAAGCCAACGAGCUUUGGCUGUUCCACGGCACGCGCGAGUCAGCUGCAGAGUCCAUUACUGAGAACGAGUUCCAGUUGAAGAUGGCUGGCACCAAUCGUGGAACGAUGUUUGGCCCCGGGAUCUACAUGGCCGACGCGGUGCGCAGGGCCUUAAGCUGUUACGAAGAGCGACGCAUCCCUGCCGAUUUAGAUGGGCCGGGCAUCAGGAUCCUGUGCCGCUGCACCAUGGGCCGGGCCAUCAAACAGUUCGAGGGGGGCCGCGAGUGCAUGAAGGCCUGCCACGCGGGCGGCUUCCACUCCGUAAAGGGCCUUCGUGCUUACAAUGCGCCUUGGCGCCACACUGCGGAAGAGCUCCAAGCCCCUGAAGAUCCCAAAUUCCCAAACCCCUGA